CGGUGGGGCGGGGCCGCCAGCUCAGGGUCUCCCGGCGCGGACCAGUUGGUAAACAGAUCCGGAGCGCGUGUCGGGCGCCAGCGGUGCGGCGACUUCUCGGAGGCGGCGCGAAGGUGACUGCGGAUCCCAGCUUCCUGCCCCGGGCCUUGAAGGAUGGCUGCCAUGUUGGGGGACGCCAUCAUGGUGGUCAGAGGCCUUGCCAAGCUGACCCAGGCGGCCGUGGAAACCCACCUGCAGCACUUGGGCCUCAGCGGGGAGCUCAUCAUGGCGGCCAGCGCCCUGCCGUCCACGGCUGCGGAGAAGAUCGGCAUGGUCUUGGGGAUGGUGCAGGACCAGAAGUAUGAGGAGCCUAACGUCGCCGAGAGCUUUGAUGACCCGGAAGCAGAGUUCCACUUCUCCGGGCCUGGGGCUGAGGGAGCCUCCGCAGACUUCUCUGCAGCCCCCGACCACACAGGCAGCGAGGGCCCAGCUCCUGCCUACGCCGACAGCGGACCCUUUAGGGAAGCGGGGCUCGCGGGCCAGGCCACCUCCCCUCUGGGCAGGGCGAAUGGGAGGCUCUUCCGAGAUACCAGCACCCCCUUCUCUGGCCCGGGCCUUCAGCGCAGGUUCUUCCACCAGGACCAGUCCCCGGUGGGGGGCCUCACAGCCGAGGACAUAGAGAAGGCCCGGCAGGCCAAGGCUCGCCCCGAGAGCAAGCCCCACAAGCAAAUGCUCAGUGAGCGGGCUCGGGAACGGAAGGUGCCAGUUACGAGGAUUGGGCGGCUGGCCAACUUUGGAGGUCUGGCCGUGGGUCUGGGUUUUGGGGCACUGGCUGAAGUCGCCAAGAAGAGUCUCCGCCCUGAUGACCCCUCAGGGAAGAAGGCCGUGCUGGACUCCAGCCCCUUCCUGUCCGAGGCCAACGCGGAGCGCAUCGUGAGCACGCUGUGCAAGGUGCGCGGGGCGGCGCUCAAGCUGGGCCAGAUGCUGAGCAUCCAGGACGAUGCUUUCAUCAAUCCCCAUCUGGCCAAGAUCUUUGAGCGCGUGAGGCAGAGCGCAGACUUCAUGCCGCUGAAGCAGAUGACGAAAACUCUCAACAACGACCUGGGCCCCAACUGGCGGGACAAGCUGGAGUACUUCGAGGAGCGGCCCUUCGCAGCCGCGUCCAUCGGGCAGGUGCACCUGGCCCGCAUGAAGGGUGGCCGUGAGGUGGCCAUGAAGAUCCAGUACCCCGGCGUGGCCCAGAGCAUCAACAGUGACGUCAACAACCUCAUGGCCGUUCUGAACAUGAGCAACAUGCUGCCGGAAGGUCUGUUCCCCGAACACCUGAUCGACGUGCUGAGGCGGGAGCUGGCCCUUGAGUGCGACUACCAGCGCGAGGCCGCCUGUGCCAAGAAGUUCAGGGAGCUGCUGAAGGACCACCCCUUCUUCUAUGUGCCCGAGAUCGUGGACGAGCUCUGCAGCCCCCACGUGCUGACUACAGAGCUGGUGUCCGGCUUCCCCCUGGACCAGGCCGAGGAGCUGAGCCAGGAGAUCAGGAACGAGAUCUGCUUCAACAUCCUGGUCCUGUGCCUGAGGGAGCUGUUCGAGUUCCGCUUCAUGCAGACAGACCCCAACUGGUCCAACUUCUUUUAUGACCCUCAGCAGCACAAGGUGGCUCUUCUGGACUUUGGCGCCACGCGGGAAUUUGACAAGUCCUUCACCGACCUCUACAUCCAGGUCAUCAGGGCUGCUGCCAACAGGGACAGGGAGGCCGUGCUGAAGAAAUCCAUAGAGAUGAAAUUCCUCACCGGCUAUGAGGUCAAGGCCAUGGAAGACGCCCACCUGGACGCCAUCCUCAUCCUGGGGGAGGCCUUUGCCUCCGAGGAGCCCUUUGACUUUGGCACCCAGAGCACGACCGAGAAGAUCCACAGCCUGAUUCCCAUCAUGCUGAAGCACCGUCUCAUCCCGCCCCCGGAGGAGACCUACUCACUGCACAGGAAGAUGGGAGGCUCCUUCCUCAUCUGCUCCAAGCUGAAGGCCCGCUUCCCCUGUAAGGCCAUGUUCGAGGAGGCGUACAGCAACUACUGCAAGACGCACGCCGCGCAGUAGCCGCUGGGCCGGCGCUCAGUGCGAACUCUGCGCCCUUGUGCAGCUGCGACCAGGAGGAAGGAAGCUGGUGGGGUGACGCUGCAUUUAAAGUCCUUUGCCGAGGAGAAGGGGGGCUGGCAAAUGGCAGGGGAUGCUGCUGGGAGCCCCGCUACCAGCGCUUAUACACGGUUUUUAUCACUCAGGGGGUAUGGAAUGAGAAUGAAACCCCAACUACUUUGUCAAAAUCACCUACUGUUUGUUCAUCCUCUGAAAUACUCUAGAUAAAAGUAAAAAGGCAAUUUUAGUUCUUUUGUAACGGGUUUUCCUAUUGUGAAUGUUAUCCAGAAGAUGAGACGAAGACUCCCUGCCACUAAAAACAUACACAGAAGCCUUUUUGGAUUUUAUUGAACGUGGAGUACAGGUUUGUGUGUGUGUUUCUCGAAUGAGAUUUGUGUUCUCUGCCCCUUUUCCUCUCCAGCCCAUGCUCUGAAGCUGGGAGAAGUGCUGAUCUGAGCGGUGCCAACAAGUACUGUUUAACCAACUGAGGCCCACGCCUGCUCUCUGGCUGGUUCCUCUAUUUUUUGACAACUUUUAAGUUUCCAGAGAACUGCAGCCUCCCAUGGGAAAGGUCAGGAGCAGCAGAGGGCGCGAGAAAGGGACACAGCUCUCGUCUCAGAAGACGGUGUGUGGGGGGGAACCUCCUUCCCCCUCCCAGCCCAGGAGCCUUUGUGGAAGGAGGUGAAUGUAUAGGUGUCACCCAGUUGGACCUGAGGGGUCAGUAUAGGCUCUGUUAAUUUUUGUACAAUUCUUGUAAUUGUCUGAUUUGUUUCAAUAAAAACAAAACAUCCUAG